AAACGUAAAGAGAUGCCACCCCGGUGAGCAGCGCUCACCCCAAUAACGCAAACAGUAAGUGAACAGUAUUUGGACAUUUAUUUAUCUUAUCGCGGCGUCUUCAACUCGACCGACUGCGUCCGGCUUACAAAUCCGCUUACACGCUCCACUCGACUAGGAUUCACUGUGCACUCUUGUGCCACGUUGUAAAAUGCUGAAAAUUGCAGCGGAGGGCAUUGUGCCACGCCUGGCGGCCUGUUGCCUUAUUAACAGCAGCGCCCACAGCAGCUGCCAUCGAAUGGCGCCACAGGCGGCCAAAGCAACACAGAAAUGCCUCUCACAAUCCCAGAUGCACUACAAGAUGCUCGCCAUCAAGGAUCACUACGAAUUUGAUCAGAAGGUCAUUAACAGCGAUAAUCCGGUGAUUGUAAAUUUCCAUGCGGAAUGGUGCGAUCCCUGCAAAAUACUCACGCCGAAGAUGCUUGAACUCUUGGAGAACUCGAAUGAGAUCGAUUUGGCCAUUAUCGAUGUGGAGGCCAAUUUGGAUCUGGUCGAAACGUUUGAGGUGAAGGCCGUGCCCGCUGUGCUCGCCUUUCGCAACGGUGUCGUCGUGGACAAGUUCAUCGGUCUGGUGGAUGCAAACAGCAUAGAGACGCUCAUCGAUAAACUGAAGCGGAAGCAGCAACAGCAUCAGUAGCUGCCCUUAGCUUGCCACAACUGAAGCACAACUUGCACAAGUGUCUUAAAUAUUGAAUAUAUUUAGUACAUCAGCAUGUGGAUAUUAUUAAUAUGUAUUUGUAUUUGCGGCCUUAAGAAUUUAAUUGGUGCGCGACGCACAACGCUCGACGCGACGAGUGCGUAAACAACAAUUUAGUAAUUAUGAUUAAAGUAAUGAUGAUAAUAGAUUGAACAAAAACCAUGUCGAAGUUAGACAUUAAGCAACGCUCAAUAAAAAUAAAUGUGUGUUUGUUGCGGCUCUGCUGACUGAGAAUGACACAUUCACUUGUCAAUCGUCGUCAAUCAGUCAGUCAGUCAGUCAAGCAGCGCAAGAAACAUUCAUCUAAUUUCUGAUUAAUAUGAA